UACAAAUUUGUAGCCUGUAUAGGUUAUGAAAUAUGAAUAAAAAUGAUAUGUUUAGUUGUAGAAACUAUCAGACGGUCAGAUGUUGGUCAGACUCGUGGUCUGUCGGGUUUAGAGCAGAUUACUGAACUCAUGAAGUCACCGCUCAUCCACAUUAGCCUCAGACGCCUGAGCUGUGGACACUCACACGUCCACUGGACCUGAGUGAAAACACCACUGGAAUCACUGCUUUCUUCACCAGCAGCAGCCACUCCAUGCACACACCAUGUUAACGUUACACAUGAACGGUGACAUGACGGGGGACUCAAGUGAGAACGCUGAGAUGGACAUGGACAGUCCUGCCAAACUCAUCGCUCAGUGCUGCAGUGAGCAGACCGAGAAGAUCCAAGAUGAUCCAGAUGAAGUGAUGAUGAUGAAGGAGGAGGAAGAGGUUUGGGAACUGACUCAGGAUACCGAUCUGAACUCUUCCUGGUGUCUCACAUCGGCACGGAGCAGCACCGAGGCCAUUUUUGAUGGGAUAGAUGUUGCAGAUGAAGCCAAGUCAAUAUCAGAGGAGAGGAAUACAACAGAGCUGGAGGACUUGCUGGACUCUCUGCAGCAUCUGCAGCUGUGUCUGACGGAUGCUGAGAGUCAGCAGGAUGUUCAGCUGCUGCUGGAGCUGCUGCUGCAGUCAGACUUCCAGCAGGCGUUCAUCACGCACCGCAGCGGGGCUCAGAGCACGAGACACCCCUGUCCGCCGUUCCCGCUCACCGCAAACGCACAGCAGCUCAGAAACAAGGCCCUGAUGGAAGCUCAUGACUGUAUUACCGAGCAAGAAUUGGAUGUCGAAACUAAUAAAUCCACGGACCAGGAUGAAAAGACCACCAAACUGGUUUUCUUGGAGAAGAUUCGUGACAUGCCGUUGGGUGUGACCGUUCGGAACGAACAUGACCGUGUAAUCAUCAGUCGGGUGGUGAGCGGCGGGACGGUUGAGAAAAGCAAUCUGCUCAGUGAAGGAGAUGAAAUCCUGGAGAUCAAUGGUGUUCCAGUCCGUGGAAAAAGUGUUAAUGAUGUUCACAACAUUCUGUCCUGCAUGCAUGGGUCCCUCACGUUUCUCCUCAUUCCAAAUUCUCAAAACAAAAUAUCACCUCACCGAGCAACUGUGAUGCAUGUGAAGGCAAACUUCAGCUAUGACCCAUCUGAGGACCCAUACGUGCCAUGCAGAGAGCUUGGCCUCUCCUUCCAAAAGGGAGACGUCCUACACGUCACCAGCCAGGACGACCCCAACUGGUGGCAGGCGUACCGGGACGGACAUGAGGAACAGAAGCCCCUUGCUGGCCUUAUACCUGGGAAGAGCUUCCAACAGCACAGAGAAGCCAUGAAGAAAACCAUUACAGACAGAAAUCAAGAGUAUAAAGGGAAACUUUGGUGCGCAAAGAAAGGCAAAAAGCAAUGGAAAAAACUCUUGUUCAACCCUAGUAAGAAUAUUGAGCAUUACACUGAGGAUAUCCUGACCUAUGAAGAGGUGGCACUGUACCAUCAGCCGCCCAACCGCAAGCGCCCCAUCGCUCUGAUUGGUCCACCUAACAGCGGACAUGACGAACUGAGACAAAGACUGCUCUCUUUAGAGCCUGACCGAUUCGCUGGUGCUGUCCCACAUACCACACGAAACCCCCGCGCACAUGAGGUCAACGGCAGGGAGUACAACUUUGUAUCACGACAGAGCUUUGAAUCUGACCUGGCUGCAGGGAAAUUCAUUGAGUCGGGCGAGUUUGAACAGAACCUGUACGGCACAAACACGGAUUCAGUCAGACAGGUUGUCAACUCAGGAAAAAUCUGUCUGCUGUGUCUGCAUCCCAGGUCCCUGCGAGUGCUGUGUUCCUCAGAUCUUAAACCUUACAUCAUCUUCAUCAGGCCUUCUCCUCCUCCUCAGGAGCGAUUCUCCACGCUGCUGACCAGAGGAGUGAAGAAACACAUGCCUGAGGAUGUGAGAGAGACCUUGGAGAAAGUGCGUGAGAUGGAGCACAGCUACGGUCACUUGUUCGAUGCGGUCAUCACAAACACUGAGCAGGAGAAGAGCGUCUCUGAGCUGCUGAGACUCGUUGACAAACUGGACAUCGAGCCGCAGUGGGUCCCUUCAGCCUGGGUCAGCUAAAAACACUUUCAGUUCAGAAGAAAUUAGGUGUUUUCUGUGUUGAAGGCUAGAAAUGUUCUGAAGAUGAGCCACAGGCGGUAUGUUUGAAAUGGUAAUAUUACUGCAGUUUGCAUAUUGUGCACAGUAUGCUAACUUUUUGUGUGUGUAUGCUUGUUAAAGGAAUAGUUCACCCCAAAAUGAAAAUGUACUCAUCCUCAGGCCAUCCAAGAUG